AUGUCCUGGACAAAGCUUCGCUACGCAGAAGAAACCUAUGGAGACACCUUUCUCUUAAUUUCACCAUUCCUCUGCUAUCUCAAAACAUCCAACGCCGAACUCAUCACUCAAAUCACUUCUCGACGCUCUGAUUUCGUAAAACCGGUCACCAAUUACAAAGUUAUCGAUAUCCUUGGUGGAUCCAUCGUCACGGCUGAGGGUCACGAGUGGAAACGUCACAAAAAGAUCGUAGGUCCAAGUUUCAGUGAAAAGAGUAACAAGAUGGUUUUUGAGGAGAGUCUGAGGCAAACUAAUGGUAUGUUGGAGACUUGGAGAAGAGGUGAUGGUAAUACUAUGAGUGAUUUCCGGGUCGAGAACUCGAAUGUUGGAACAGCGACUUUGAGUUUACAUGUCAUUUGCGCGGCUGGUUUUGGUGUACCUCAGCUUUGGCCAUGGGAGAGCGAGGAAAAAUUGAAUGGGAAAGAAUUAUCUGGAUAUUCUGGGGAUAAACUACUGGCGCAUCACACAAUGAGUAUGAAAGACGCAUUAACAUCUUUGUUGAAAGAUAUAUAUUGGUUUGCUAUUCCUUCCUCGCCAUCACAAUUAAGUAUGCACCCUGUAACGUCCAAAUUGUACCUCCUAACAUUAUCAGAAUAUCUUCCAUUCUCCGCACCAAAACGCGCUUUGAAAGCCUUCAACGAAUGCAAAGCCUACUUCACCGAACUUGUCGAAAUCAAAAAGAAGGAACUUUAUCUUGGUGAGUCCGAAAAAGGAACUAUGGAUCUCCUGGGACCGAUGCUACGUGCCUCCACAGAAGGUUCCCCAGAUCUACAACUUCCUGAUCCACAGUCCUACCUUACCAAAGAAGAAAUCAUCGGAAACUCCUUCAUCUUCCUCUUCGCCGGCCACGAAACAAGCGCGAACAGCAUUCACUUCACCCUGCUCUUCCUCGCCAUCUCCCUCGCAACACAACGCAAAGUACAAGCAGAUAUCGAUGCCAUCGUCGGCGACCUACCAGCCGAAAGAUGGGACUACCAUACGCACAUGCCAAAACUAUACAACUCCAUGGUCGGCGCAUCCUUAAACGAACAAAUGCGCCUCGUCCCCGCAAUCUGCAGCAUCCCUAAAAUCUCAAGCGGUGAUCAAAACGUCAGAGUCGAUGGAAGAGACUUCGUGAUCCCAGAUGACACAUUCAUACAUAUCAACGUCGUAGGCACGAACCGUAAUCCGCGGUACUGGCCUAAAUUCAAGAGUCAAAUCACCGGCAAGGAACAUGAUAUGGAUGAUUUCGUGCCCGAACGCUGGCUAAACGGCGCAAAACGCGAAAGCAGCGAUAAGCUCGUCGAUGGCCUUGAGACUGCAUCUUUCGAAACGAGCACUGCAACCUCGCUUCGCGGGCCCGAGAAAGGGGCGUUCAUGACUUUCUCCGACGGUCCGCGCGCAUGUCCGGGAAGACGAUUUGCUCAGGUCGAGAUCACAGCUGUUUUGGCGGCGAUAUUUCAGCGGUAUAGUGUCGAGCUUGAUGUUGGGGAGUGGGCUAGUGAGAAGGAGCUCAAGGACAUGGGGAAGGUGGAGAGGAAGGCGUUGUAUGAUGUUGCGAUUCAAAGUGCGAGGGAGAAGAUUCGGAGGAGUAGGCAGAAUAUCACGUUGCAGUUGGCACGGGGGGAUAGGAUUCCGUUGAGGUUUGUGAGGAAGGGUGGAGAGAGGUUUGGGUUGUGA